AACAGUAAAUUACACAAUGAGUGCAAGUGCCAAGGUUAGAACACAACAGAGCUGCUGCUGUUGUCUGACAGCAGAAUGAUCAUAUCCAGAUAAGCGAUUGCCUGAUAAGUUAAGAUGAGAACUUUGAGUCAAGAGGUUGAUAUACAGUGAUUUAUAACAACAACCGAGUUAAUAUUAAAUUCAAGUAGCCUACCGGGAAUUGUUUUUACUGUCCCAUGAGCUGUUACUGUUUUGCAAGACAUUUCUGAUAUGUGCAGCUUAUAUUCCUCUGCUGCGUGAUUAUUCCUUUGUCUGGGUGUUUGCUCUGUAAGGGUGAAUAACAGCUACAGUGCCUUGAAUUUGUGCUCUCUGAUCUGAGUGGCCAUGGCAGAGAAAGAACCUGGAGCCCUGAAAAUGAAACGGGAAAUUGGGUUGAUUGGCGGCAUAGCACUAGUUUCGGGGACAAUGAUUGGAUCAGGUAUAUUCAUGUCCCCACAGUUUGUGCUGGCCUAUGUGGGAAGCCCUGGAGCAAGUCUGGUGAUCUGGGCUCUCUCAGGAGUUGUGGCAAUGUUUGCAGCGCUGUCGUACACUGAGCUCGGGACAGUCAUUUCAGAAUCUGGUGGGGACUUCAUCUACAUACUGAGGAUCUGUGGUUCAUUUCCUGCUUUCUUUGCAGCCAUCACUUUUAUCUUGGUUGUGAAGCCGUUCGGCAUAGCAGCAAUGGCACUUAGUGUUGCAGAGUAUGCCACAGCACCCUUUUACACCGACUGUCAUCCUCCACAGCUAGUAGUGAAGUGUGCUGCUGCUGUGAGCAUUCUGGUUGUUGCCAUAGUCAACAUCAUGAAUGUCCGCAUCGCUGUCAGAAUCCAGGUGGUCUUCUUGGUGGCCAAAGUGCUGGCACUGGCCUUCAUAGUAAUUGGAGGGAUAGUGGCACUCAUACAGAGCAGCACUGUCAUUGUGGAAAAUCUGAAAGUUGAGAACGCAUUUAAAGGGACUCAGUACUCUGUGAGCACUCUAGGGAUGGCUUUUUAUCAAGGACUCUGGUCUUAUGCUGGAUGGUACAACUUGAACUAUGUCACUGAGGAGCUGAAAAGACCAGAGGUGAGACUGUGAGGAGCUGGAUUGUGCAUUGUGUGCUUAAGUGAGCAAAUAGUAGCAUUGUGUAUUUAUUAAAAAUGCAGCAGUCCCUCAAGACAGCUGGUGUCUUGAUUCAAGGAUCGAUGGUAAAUUCUUGUGUAUAAAACAUUUACUUCUUAGCUGACAG